AUUUGGGCAGUUUUCUUCUUUUUUCUUUCUUCUUCUGUCUCUUGUAGUAAUAAUCUCUCCUCUGGAAUUUCAUGGAAACAUGAAGUUCUCCAGUUGUUUGCCCUUUCUUGCAGAGGCUAAAAGUAGGAAUUCAUGUCUUUGUACCCUUUUUCCAACUGCUUCUUUGCUUUGUCUUGUACUGUUCUUGGGGAGUGCAUAUGUAGCACCAGACUAUAGGGAGAAAAUUUCUAGAUGGGGAAUAGAUGGUUUAGUUGGUUCAAAGUUCAAUAAAUGUGAGAAUCAAUGCAGGCCGUAUGGAAGCGAGCCGCUUCCUAAAGACAUUGUUGCCAAUGCAUCUAACUUGGAAAUGCGACCAUUAUGGGGUGCAUCAAGGAAAUAUUAUCGGAAUCCUGUUAACUCAUCAAGUAAUUUAUUUACUGUGGCCGUUGGGAUCAAACAAAAAGAUCUUGUGAAUAAAAUGGUAACAAAGUUUCUUUCUAGCGACUUUGCUGUGAUGCUCUUCCAUUACGAUAGUAUCAUGGACGAGUGGAAGGAGUUUAAUUGGAGUAACCGCGUAAUACACGUAACAGCAGUCAAUCAAACUAAAUGGUGGUUUGCCAAGCGCUUCUUACAUCCUGAUAUUGUGGCAGAAUAUAACUAUGUCUUUCUUUGGGAUGAGGACCUUGGAGUUGACAAUUUCGAUCCGAAACAGUAUGUAAAUAUUAUUAAAAGUGAAGGGUUAGAGAUAUCACAACCAGCACUUGAUCCAUAUAAAUCAGAGGUGCACCAUCAAAUUACUGCUCGUGGGAGGCGAUCGACAGUGCACAGGAGAACGUUUAGGCCUAAUAAUGGUGGAAAAGGUUGUGAUGUCAACAGUAAAUCUCCUCCAUGCACCGGAUGGAUAGAAAUGAUGGCCCCGGUUUUUUCCCGAGCGGCAUGGCGUUGUGCUUGGUAUAUGAUCCAGAAUGAUUUGAUCCAUGCUUGGGGCUUGGAUAUGCAACUUGGAUAUUGUGCACAGGGCGAUCGAACAAAGAACGUCGGUGUUGUUGACGCCGAGUAUGUAGUCCAUUAUGGACGACCUACACUUGGUGGUCCAGAAGAAAAUGAGACAUCUUCCAACUCUCCCGUAAAGGAUCAUAGAGCUGACGUGAGAAGACAGUCCUAUAUCGAACUAGGUAUAUUUAGAACAAGAUGGAGGAAUGCUGUUAAGCAAGACGAGUGCUGGAAAGAUCCAUACCCCGGGACGGUAGGCCUUUACAUUUGAUAAGGCGAUUGUUUGACAAAUUUGUAACAAUGUACGUUGUCAUAUUGAUGUCGAGAACACAGUAUAACAUACACGCUGUCGGGAUUCAAAAAACGGCAAGGAGAGGAAGGAUGAUAGUAAAUCAGCGACUCAUGCAGCGGAAUAUCUUUAUGUGAAACCUCGGGUACAGAUUCUAAUCUCGUCGUGCUCUGUAUUUAAAAUGUUAUAAAGUUUCAACUUGUAGUGUUGAAAUAUGUUAAGAGUUGUACUUGGAAAGAAACUGAAAGACAAUAAUAGAAUACAACCUUCGUUUAUGAGUUUAGAGUAAA